GCUGUAGUCUGUACCAGAUAAAUUAUAAGUCAUCUGUGUUUUAACAAACUAAAUAUCAAAUAUCAACAUAACAAAAAUAAAUAGAAUAACCUUACUUUUGUUUCAAUUAAAACCUCAAUUUUGUAAUAAUAUUUCUAGUUAAAACAGUACAAUGAACACAUUAAAAAUUCAACUUCAGUUUGGUGGUGGAGCUGAGUUAUUAUUUGACAAAAUAAAGAAGAGAGAUGUAGAAUUGCCAUCUUUGAAAAAGUAUUUUCCAGAAAGUCUGAAAGAGAAAUGGACGAUAAAAGAAUUAUUAGUAUGGAUGAAAGAUAAUUUAUUGAAAGAAAGGCCAGAAUUAUUUGUUCAGGGUGAUUCAGUGCGACCAGGAAUUUUAGUAUUAAUAAAUGAUGCGGAUUGGGAGCUAUAUGGAGAAUUAGAUUAUGAAGUUCAAGAAAAUGAUGUUAUUAUGUUUAUAUCAACAUUACAUGGUGGAUAGUUUUAUAAAUAUAUAUAUAGGAUUUAAUAAAUGUUUUUUAAUUAA